CCGGAUCACCCCCAGAUCUGCCCACAUCUCUCACUCCCGUCGACAAUGCUGUUCAAGACCCUUGCCCUCGCCCUCCUCGCUGUCGGCCUGGUCCAGGGGGAGACCAUCUACGAUCAUGUCGAAGAGCACGCGGACGAAGACCUAGCGACUCUCCUCGCAGCCCUCGAGGCCACCAAGGGAAUCCCCAACACCGACGAGAGCCUCCAAGCAAUUCUUGAUAAUCCAGACGCGGGCAAAUACACCCUCUUUGCGCCUAUUGACACUGUGAGACAUGAAGCAGAAAGCCGCGUGGAAUGUGUACGUGCCGUGAUGUCUGGUCUGGGUGUCCUUGGUGCCUGCAGGCCUUUGCUGAUGUGCCAGUUGACGAUCUGCUGUGUAAUGACGCAAACAAGGCUAUCCUCGCGGACAUCCUCAAUUACCACGUCGUGCCGCCCUUGGACGGGGAUCUGCACCCCCUGACCAAUCCUGUCCCCACUGAACUGGCAGGCGAGACUCUUGAGGUGGUGAAGGGCGCCGAUGGAGUGCCGAUGACGGUGAACGGGGCUGACGUGGACCCAGACCCGGAGCACAGCCCUCAGGACCUCGAAAACGGCGCCAUCUGGGUAUGCAGACUGAGAUGCACAUACGAUGGAUACAUGAGAUGUUAGGUGGCUGUGUCGUGUCUGGUAUGCAGGAAAUCAACAAGGUGCUGCUCCCGCCGACGUUCAGCCUGGACGCCCUCACGGCCUGCGGCUGACUGCGGGCCAGAGCGGCUGCCCUGCUUUUUGUUGCUUGGGUCUGUUCUGGGUGUGUGGCGUGCCGUUCGUCUGGUCGUCUUCAUCAGUGUGUCCUUUUGGUUGCGGGGUCUGUGUACACGCACUCGGGCAUGAGUGGGGAGAGUUUCGUUGACGUGCAUGUUCACAUCACAGCCGGUAUGUCGGGCUCAGGGAGAUGAGAGGUGACGUUCAUUUCACGUUGUAUCUUUUUAUCCGCGUCACGAAGGGGACCGUGUGUGGGGUGGGGUCCGCAUGGGUCCUUCUCGCCGAUGUUGGUUUACGCGUGCGUGGUGAGUGAUGGCGUUCGUUGUCGCUUUUUUCAUCCCGUGUAGGGCAGACAUGCCCGCCCUUUCUUCCGCUGCUGUUUUUGAGCCGCUGCCUCACACACGCACACACGCACACACGCACACACGCACACACACACACAGAGCACAGAGGCAGGUCGGCUUUGCUGCGGUGACACACGCAUGCUGGAUCCACCUGUAUCAAGUAUCUGUGUGAUCGAUCGGAAAGGGAACGGCACGGCACUCCACGAUAUCGCGUGACUGCUCUUUCCUUCCCACUCACACACCCAAGAUCUUCACGCUGGCUGGGUUCGUGAUGCAUCCCGUUUCUGUGCACCCGAAGCCUUGUGACGCACCAGUUUUCGCCAGCCGCCAACGGCUGCCUCAGUCAGGUGACAUGUGGGAUUCUGUGAGGCGUCUUUCUUUUCGCUGACUGCCAUGGGGACGACGAGGGCGAAGGUACGUUGUUCAUGCCUUCACAGGCGGCCCUGAUGGACGUGAGAGUGUCGCGUGUGUGUGUGUGGGUCGUCCGCACUUUUGUAGUGCUGUUUCGUUUCGUGCUUAUGAGCUGCGAGGGGGCGAUCGCACUUCGUUCGUGCUGCAUGCCAGUGAGCUGCGAGGGGGCGCUCGCACAUCGAGUCACUGACGUGUGCGCGUGUGUGAGGGGGCGCUCACACAUCAACUCUGACGUGUGGCUGUGUCUGUGUCUGUGUCUGGAGUGUUGGGGUGUUGGCCGCGACGCCGCUGCACCCCAACGCUCGGGAGUGGAGGGGUGUCGGCGACGGCUUUCCGCAACAUAAAAAGCGAGACACAGAUACAUUCAUACUGCGUGUUAGUGGCGGGGCAGGGAGGCAGCACAGGGUGGGUACGUACACGUUGCGUUUUAAUUCGCUUUCUUUGCAAUCGGACCUUUUCAUCGUGAGACGGAGGCAUGACGAUGAAUGAGAUAAG